AUGUUGUACUUGGCCGCGUGGAUAUGGCUCGCAGCCAGCCUAGUUUCCGCCGACGAGGGCUGCUACUCCCUGGUGGACACCUCCGUCUUCGAAGGCACCCAGCAGUACGGCACGCAAAUCACCUGCUCCACCGCGUGCGGUGAGAGCUACCCCUAUAUUGCCAUGAAAGAUGGCGGCGAAUGCUACUGUUUGAGUGCGCUUCCCAGCAGCCUGGAUGAAACCAGCAGCUCGCUGUGCUCCGUGCCAUGCAACGGCUACGGCUCCGAGACGUGCGGCGGCACCGACGCCUACACCGUCUUCACCAACUUGGAGUAUCUGGGCACCACCCUGACGUCGACCACGUCGCUGGAAUCACUGAAAUCCAGCACGUCGCCAAGCAGCGGCUCCCGGCCCUCAGCAGCCUCUUCCACCACUGACAACGGCUCGCUGUCGACAAGCACCACGACCAUCAAUUCCUCCUCGUUCAGGACGUCGAGCGCGUCGGGCAUCACCAGCAGCGGGGUGCACGCAACGACAGCAGACUCGUCCACGCUGUCUUCGAGCUCGUCCAGCGCGUCCUCAGCGCCCAGUAGUGCCAGCAGCAGCUCGUCCACCAGCAUCGGUCCCAUUGUGGGCGGUGUGGUUGGUGGCCUCGCGGCUCUCGCCUUUGUUACCGCCAUCGUGUUUUUCUUUAUCCGCAGGAAGUCCAAAAACCACGAUGAGGAGGAGGACUACUUCAAGCGGGGCGCGGCGGGCGGUGGGGGCGGAAGCAUGUCGCGGGCCAAGUCCAGUAAGAUCGACUCUGUGUUCGACAUGCCCAUGGUCAAUCCGUUCGAGCAUCCAGCGGACGAAUUGUCCGAGAAGCGGGUCAGCAGCGCUGGCGUGGGAGGGUUGACGGACCCCCGGCUAAAUCCGGUCAUGAUGGGACGCCGGCGGAUCUCGGAGGGCUCUCUAGCAGACGAGGCUGACUACUCACGCAAGAUCCUCGGCGUAUCCAACCCUUAA